AACACUUCACUCCAACACAGCAACAUGAAGGUGUCUAAUUCACUGCUUUGCUCUGUACUUCAACAAGAUGACUCUUUGGUGGCAGGCUCUUAUCCUCUGCUUCUCUGUGAGCUGCGUUCACUGUCUCCCAUCUGCAGUUCUCCACAACAAAUAUAUCACUUCUUAUCAACUUGCACAAUUCACAAGAUGUAGAGUCCAGCAGCUGCUAAUGAGAUAUAAGGAAGAACAGUUGGGAACCAAAGACUAUGAGAACAAGAGUCAACAUCUGAAAGACCUCCCAUCACUGUCUACUGAUUUCUACCACUGGCUAAAACUGACAAUGAACUACACUGGCAGGACUUAUACAAGACCAUACACUACCAGAGGGCACAGAGGGGUUGUCCGUAGCAGUCACCAUACACAAUGGGACAGUCGAGUGGAGGGAUACAUCAUCCUAAGGGAUCUAGACCUGUACCUCAUCAAACUGGCCCGGGACUUUCUCCUCCUGGCAACGAAAACUACUAAAGCAACUCCCACUCAAAGGCAAACAGAUAUAGCAACAUAAAGUCUUAAGAGGGACAACCUGUGACUAAUUAUAGAUACUGUGGUGUCAAUCUUUUAAAAAAAUAUGGGGUAUUUCCUAAAGUUUCAUAUUUGCAAUAGGUUUCGAGAGGACAUUCCAACUUGUUGUGUUAAAAGCACUGAACUUUCCAGAAUGUAUUUUUGUUAUUUAUGCUAUUUAUUUGUAAUUUAUUUAUUUAAAAAUGUAUUUGUUACAACAGAAAGUUAUUGUGUAUUACAUGAUUGUUAAUAAAGACAAAGCAUUG